AUGGCCACACAAGCUAUGCAGGAUGCAGAUAGCGUCUUAUCAGAUCACACCUUCCUCUUCCACCAGCUGAAUGCCUACCCGUGGGAUGAAGACGAGGAGUUCCAAGGUGGUCUUCGAGCAAUACUCGGCUCAGUGCAAGACCCAGACCAGGUAGAACGAAUCACGACACGAGCGAAAUGUUACUACUAUGCCCGCAAGACUGGUACUACCGUGGACUUCGAAGGUUACAGGCAGUGGCGACUAUCCGAGCAGAACAAUACAACCCAGGAUCCACCCCUCAAUGCCAAUGGACUAGCCGGAUAUACAGCAGCCAACGGUACAGCUCCUGCAUCUGCCGCCGUUGUUGCGGACGGAGGAAUGGGUAGCGCGCCCAAACCUGCGACUUUCGCGGACAUUUGUGAUAUGAUCGCCGAAGGCAAACCCAUUCCCGGAAUCAAGGACAUUCCGGACAGGAUACUGGAAGGCCAGGCUUCGGAUGCUUCUGCUCAGAGAAGGAAGAAGCCGUGGGAGAAGGACAGUGGUGCAAAUGCGGGAAGUGUCAGUGUGGGCCCUGGUGGUGGUGGAGAGAAGUUGAGUUGGAUGAGGUGA